UUCCUUUUAGCUCAGCCCUCAUCAUUGCUCUACAGCUCAGAACAGCAGCUGCUGAGACCACCUUGAGAAGAGGAUGGUCCUGAACAGAGCUCUGAUUCUGGGGGCCCUCGCCCUGACCACCGUGAUGAGCCCCUGUGGAGGUGAAGACAUUGUGGCGGACCACGUUGGCUCCUAUGGCACAAUUAUCUACCAGUCUUAUGGUCCCUCGGGCCAGUACACCCAGGAAUUUGAUGGUGAUGAGCUGUUUUAUGUGGACCUGGAGAAGAAGGAGACUGUCUGGCGACUGCCUGCUUUUAGCGAAUUUGCAGGUUUUGACCCACAGGGUGGACUGCAAGACAUAGCUACAGCGAAAUAUAACUUGGAGGUCCUGACUAAACGUUCCAACUUUACCCCUGUUACCAAUGAGGUUCCUGAGGUGACUGUGUUUUCCAAGUCUCCUGUGAUGCUGGGUCAGCCCAACACCCUCAUCUGUCACGUGGACAACAUCUUUCCUCCUGUGAUCAACAUCACAUGGUUGAGGAACGGACACUCAGUCACAGAGGGUGUUUCUGAAAUCAGCUUCCUCCCGAAGAAUGAUUUUUCCUUCUUCAAGAUCAGUUAUCUCACCUUCCUCCCUUCUGAUGAGGAUGUUUAUGACUGCAAAGUGGAGCACUGGGGCCUGGAUGAGCCACUGCUGAAGCACUGGGAGCCUGAGAUUCCAACCCCUAUGUCCGAGCUGACAGAGACUGUGGUCUGCGCCCUGGGGUUGACCGUGGGCCUCGUGGGCAUCGUGGUGGGCACUGUCCUCAUCAUCCGAGGGCUGCGCUCAGGUGGUCCCUCCAGACGCCAAGGGCCCUUGUGACUUGCACCCUAGAAGGGAAGGUGCACCACCCAUCUACAAGAGCAGAAGAGUGGACGUGCUAGAUGACCUAGAACUAUUUUCUGGCCAAGUUCAUCAUAUACCUUCCCUCCUCCUACCCUCCUCCUCUCACCUCUUCUCUGGGAAUUAAGAUGCUUGUCCUUUAAAGCUCACAUAUACCUCAGAGUUCUCUCCCUGAGUACCUGAUUUUUUUUUCCGUUCUCAUCAGUUGCAUACCAUGGGAUCCCUGGGGUAUUCCACUCAAUUACCUAAUCCCUAGUGACCUUGAUCCAGUAUCAUCAGGGAAACAAUAAACCCUCCUUUUAU